AUGGCCACGCUCCGCCCCAGUCGAGCAUCCCUCACCGCAGCCACGGCGGCACCUCGUCCGCUCUUCCAUGCCGCCUCUGCGGCGCAGCAACGACGUCUCGCCUCUUCCGCACAGUCCAUUGCGCCCGCGUCAAAGGGUUCGUCGCAGGGAGGAGGGAGGGAGCGUCUCGUCGUCCUCGGCAGCGGGUGGGGCGGCUUCACCUUUCUCAAGAAGCUCGACAGGAGCAAAUACGAUCUCACGCUCGUCUCGCCCAAUACCUACUUCUCCUUUACGCCCCUCCUGGCCCAGGCAUCGGUCGGGACGCUCGACUUCCGCAACGUCAUCGAGCCGGUCCGCUCCCAAGCCGACUGCACGCUGCACCACGCCUGGUGCGAGUCGAUCGACUUUGCCAACCGCCGCCUGACGCUCACCCCAGCGCAGGGCAUCACGGUGCACAAGGAGGACCCCUUUUCGCGCGCCUCGUCGCCCGACUCGAACCACACGCCCAUCUCGCCCUCGACCGAUCCGCCGGCCCCGCGACCGUUCUCGGACGAGUAUACGAUCGACUACGACAAGCUCGUCAUCUCGGUCGGAUCCUACAACCAGACGUUCGGCACACCCGGCGUCAAGGAGCACGGAUACUUUCUCAAGGAUGCAAAGGACGCCCGCGCAAUUCGGUGGAGGAUCGUCGAGCUGCUCGAACAGGCCGCUAUGCCGUGUCGCACCGAAGACGAGAGGAGGGAGAUGCUGAACUUUGUCGUCGUCGGCGGCGGACCCACUGGCUCGGAAUGGGCGGCCGAGCUGCACGACUUGGUCCAGGCCGAAGUGAAGCGGCUCUUCCCGGACCUGCACCCGCUCAUCUCGAUCCGCCUCCUCGAUGCGGGACCGGGCAUCCUGACGUCGUUCGACAAGUCCCUGUCCGAGUACGCGCGGCGCAAGUUUGACCGAGACGGGAUCGAUAUCCGGCUCAAGCAGAAGAUCCUUCGCGUCGAGCAAAACAAGCUCAUCAUCGCCGGCGGCGGCGAGGGUGAGGGUGGGGGCGAGGGAAAGGCGGACGUCGAGCUGCCGUUUGGCCUGUUGGUCUGGUCGACGGGCAUCAAGGCGACGCCGUUGACGGAACAGAUCCAAGGUGUGGCCAAGGAUGCCAAGACCCAAUCUAUCCUCACCGAUCCUUGGCUUCGCGUUCUCGAGGCCGAGGGCGAGGGAGGGGGCAGCGGACGAGUGAGGAAAGAGGUGUUCGCCAUGGGCGACUGCGCCAUUAUCAAGGACAACCUCUUGCCCGCCACGGCGCAGGUGGCGAGCCAAAAGGCGCGCUACCUCGCCCGCCUCUUUAACCAUCCGGCCGAACUCGAGCUGCUCAACACGGGCGGCGAUGGCCAGGACGCGGGCGCGGCCGCGGCCAAGGUGCAGCCGUUCCGGUACUCGAAUCGCGGCGCCAUGGCCAGCAUUGGCGGAGCGAGGGCGCUGAUUGAACUGCCCAAUGCCAAAGAGGCCGGGUUCCUCGCUUGGGUCGGGUGGAGGGGCGCCUACACCCUCAUGAGCAUGACGUGGAGGAACCGGCUGGCGGUGCCCUUUACCUGGUUCCUCAAUUUCCUCUUCGGCCGCGACCUCUCCCGCUUCUAA